GCGGCCGGGGCGGGCGGCGCGCGGCGGCGGUGCCGGGGGUGGCGGGCGCUGCCGGGCGAGGCGGGAUGCGGGCGGCCCACGGGCUCUGCGCGGCGCUGGCCCUGCUCUUGCUGCCGGCCGGCGGCCGGGCGCUGCGCGACGGGGACUGCGAGGUGUGUGUCACGUUCCUGGGAAGGUUCUACCAGGGUUUAAAGGACAACGACGUUGAAUUCACACCUUCCAGUAUUGAAAAGGAGCUCUUGAAAUCCUGCAAAGAAGCAAAAGGCAAAGAGAACCGCCUGUGCUAUUACAUUGGGGCCACAAGUGAUGCAGCCACCAAAAUCAUUAAUGAGGUGUCAAAGCCCAUGAGUCAUCACAUCCCGGUGGAAAAGAUCUGUGAGAAGCUAAAGAAGAAAGACAGUCAGAUCUGUGAACUAAAAUACGACAAACAGAUCGACCUGAGCACGGCCGACCUGCGCAAGCUGCGCGUCAAGGAGCUGCGGCGGAUCCUGGACGACUGGGGCGAGGUGUGCAAGGGCUGCGCAGAGAAGUCUGACUUCAUCCGCAGGAUCCACGAACUGAUGCCCAAGUACGCGCCGAGGGCGGCCGGCGCCCGGGCAGACCUGUAAGGGGCGGCCCCGGGGCUCUGAGGGGCCACCCCGAGGUGACCGCGGGGCUCUGAGGCGCCUUGGAGGGGCGAUCGCGGGGCUCUGAGGGGCGAUCCUGGGAUGACCCUGGGGCUCUGAGGGGCGAUUUUGGGGCUCG